AUGGAUGACAUUCGAAAGGUCGCUGCUGAAGGAUGGCAUUUGAAGGGAAGAGUAGCCUUGUCGCCAAUGGGGAAAGGAUUUAUCCUCUUUCAGUUUGAGCUGGAAGGUGAUAUGGCUAACAUCUGGAGAAGGAAUCUGAUAAAAGUCCGUAGUCAUUUCAUUCGUUUUCAACGAUGGAAACUAGAUUUCGAUGUCAAUGAGGUGCACAAACCUACCAAGCUUGUUUGGAUCAGAUUUCCAGAUCUCCCUCUAGAAUACUGGCACGAGAAGAUACUUCUUUCGAUGGCCAAGGGGGCGGGGAGGCCAGUGGCAUUGGACAAACGUACAAGGUCGGCUGCAAUGGGAAAUUUUCCACGAGUCCAAGUGGAGGUGGUGAUAGGGGCUAGAAGGGUGGAGGAACUUCAUGUAGAAAGAAAACAACCUGGUUCAGAUGAGAUAUUCUGGUUCAAACAAAUAAUAUUAUAUGAAGAUGACAUGUACAAAUGCAGUUUCUACAAAAAGGUGGGUCAUGCCUUUGCUGAAUGUAGGGAGAGGAAAAUUCUCUCUGAUCGUACUAGAGAGAAAGAAGAUUUAGUGGCAGCGGCCAUGGCGGAGAGUGGUGGUGCUGAGCGGACAGAGGCUGCUCAUGGUGGUGAAUUUCCAGAAAAUCUAGUUUCCAAUUUGGGAAAAUCUCCUUCCCAGAUUAGGGGAGAUUCUUCCUUAUCUCACUCUCAUUCAAGGGAGAAUAUUCCAUUGUAUAUGGAAGGAGUUCAAACGCAUGGAGAGUUUGAAAUUGUCAUUCCUUUUGAGAAGAGUCAGAAUUUGGAAUCUUCUAAGGAGAAUAUUGAGGUGAAUAACGGCUCAAAUGACCCUGAUUUGGCUCUUGAUAGUGGAUCCAUUGCUGGAGCGGAUGAUGGAUCGGAUCUUGGACCAGGGUUGGAUCCUAAAGAAGUCCAAAAUGAGGACGUUCAAAAAGUUCAUAGGGUGACUCAAUCAGAAGUUGUUAUGCAGCAGGAAUACUCAUAUGGAGCGAUGGCAGUUCAUCAUUUGGAUGUGGAGGCAGUGGACAAUCAAGCUUUGGAGCAAGAGGGAAGCAUGGAGGAGAGAAGGAAACAGAAAGGGAAGAACAUGACUUCCCAUGAGCAGACCUUUCGUAAGUCUGAUCGGUUGGCUCUCCAAAAAAAGUGA